AUGUCAGCCCCAGUCUAUCUCAAGGACGACAAGGAGGGCUUGAAACAAUUUAUUGACAAGUAUGAUGUCUUCCUGUUUGACUGCGAUGGCGUUCUCUGGUCUGGCGACCACUUGUUCCCGGGGAGCGUUCCAACCCUCGAGAUGCUGCGCAAGAAGAACAAGCAGGUAGUGUUCGUGACGAACAACUCCACCAAGUCUAGAGACGAAUACAGAAAGAAGCUGGAGAGCAUGGGAAUUCCUGCCACCGCCGAAGAAGUUUUCGGUUCCUCGUACUCUGCAAGCAUCUACAUCUCCAGGAUCCUGCCGCAGUCACACCCCCAGUUGAAGAAGAGAAACAAAGUCUUUGUGAUUGGUGAAAAAGGAAUCGAAACCGAGUUGGACUCCGAAGGUGUGCCGCACAUCGGCGGUACAGACCCUGCUUACAGACGAGAUGUCACUCCAGAAGACUACAAACUACUGGCGGCGGGUGACCCUUCAGUCCUGGAUCCCGACGUGGGAGUGGUCCUCGUUGGGCUGGAUUUCCACUUCAACUACCUGAAGAUGUGUUUUGCCUAUCAUUACAUCAAGCGUGGCGCCAUCUUCCUAGCCACCAACAUGGACUCAACACUCCCAUCUGCUGGUGCCUUGUUUCCCGGCGCUGGAAGCAUGUCCGCCCCUUUGAUCUCGAUGCUCGGAGGUCAGCAGCCAAUGGCGUUUGGAAAACCCAAUCAAGCAAUGAUGGACGCCAUUGAGGGCAAAUUUCAAUUUGACCGGAGUCGCGCCGUCAUGGUUGGUGAUCGUACUAACACCGAUAUCAAGUUUGGGCUUGAAGGAAAACUUGGAGGGACGUUGGGAGUGCUCACUGGCGUAAGCACAAAACAAGAUUUUCUCGAGGGUGACACGAGACCGGCCUACUAUGUCGAUGAGUUGGGUGAUCUCCUAGAGGGCGCUUAA